UAUUUUUAGGACCAUGUCUAUGUAGAGAAAUGGACACACAAAUUCUCUUUUAUUUAUAAAAGCUAAAGAACACGUCCCUUACUCCCUUACUAUAAUGCUUUUUACCCUUUGGCUUAGUUUUCUCUGUGUUUCCUUUUCUCAGGUAUGCUGAUCCUCUUCAGUUUUCUCAGUUUUUAGGUUCUUCCUUUAAUCAUUUUGACCGCUUUUUUGGCCCGUUUAAUUAAGGUUAGUAGCUAGAUUAAUGGGUUUUCAUGGUUCUUAGAGCUUCAUUCUGUUUAGCUUUUAACAUUUGGUCCUGCAUCUGCUUUAAUAUCCGUCUCUGUUAGCUUCGAGUAGUGUAGUUUUGUAAGUUUUAGAUGUAAAGCUGGGAUUGCUUGCUAGUUGGGUAAAAGAUAAAGAUCCCAAUUUAAUUGGUUUAUGGAUAUCUUGAUGUCUCUCCGUAGUGUUUUACAGUUUGGUUUUGGUUUGCAAAUCUGUAGCUUUCCAACCUUGCCUUACGUUGUGGUAUAGAUAGUUGAAUGUUAGAUGUUGAAUAAUUUAUGGGUAUUUUGAUGUUUCUUGACUGCUUAAGUGAUUAAAAGUUAGGUUUUUUUGGUCUGCAAAAUUAUAGCUUUUGAAGUUUCUUGUCCUUAAACAGCUCAUAGUUGAGUUAGUGGAGAGCAAUCAGUUCAAAUUUGGAUUUUCAUUUGUUAGGGUUAGGGUUUUAAGAUGGGAACGGAUUCUCGUUUCUCUGGAACCUCUGGUUUCAAAUUUGAGAAUGAGAUUGUUUUCCCUGAUCCAGAUCAGUAUUCAAUCCCUGAUCCAGAUCAGUAUCCAAACUCUACAAACAGGUUCAAAUUCAACGACCUCUCUUUUGAUAUGGACUUCGACCCUGUAGACAGGUCACUUAGUUUGCCUGACCUAGAUCCCAGCAAGUCUGCUCUGUCAUCCAUCACGAGUGCAGAUGGAGACUCACCUUCUGACGAUAAUGAUUUCUCAGAGACUGUCCUCAAGUACAUAAGCCAGAUGCUUAUGGAGGAGGACAUGGAAGAGAAACCAUGCAUGUUCCAUGAUCCUUUGGCUCUUCAAGCUGCAGAGAAAUCCCUGUAUGAAGUUCUUGGCGAGAAGAACCUGUCUUCACCCAAUCAAUCCUCCUCCUAUGGUGACCAAUUUUUAGUUGAUAGCCCAGAUGAUGGGUUUUUGAGUAGUUUCAGUGAUAGUAGUUCUGGUUCUAAUGCUGGCAUUUCAGUUGAACGUCGAUGGAAUGGUGAAUUUGGGGAAUUUAAACCAUCGUUUAUGCAAACACCUCUUCCUACUAAUUUCAUUUUCAAAUCUACUGCAAACUCCAGUUCACAAGAGCCGAUCAAAUUGCAAAAUGUUUUAGCAGGAAACGGUAAUGAUGUGAUGGGUCCUUCUAUUGGUAAGAUUAUAUUGCCAAAUUUGUUCAGUGAGAGUGAAUUACAAAAUGGGUUAGCAAGAAAUGGUAAUGAUUUGAUGGGGUCCUCAUUUGGUAAGAUAAUGGUGUCAAAUCCAUUCAGUGAGAGUGAAUUGGUAUUGCAGUUCCAGAAAGGUGUAGAGGAAGCUAGUAAGUUCCUUCCUAAGGUUAAUCAAUUGCUUGUUGAUUUGGAGACUGUAUCGAUGCCAGAGGUGAAGGAAAAAGGUUCAAAGGUGACAGUGAAGGUAGAGAAGGAGGAAAGGGAGUAUUUUCCUAAUUUGAUUAAAGGAAAGAAGAAUCAUGAUCGAGAUGAUGAAGAUUUGCAGGAAGAAAGGAGUAACAAACAGUCUGCAGUUUAUGCAGAUGAAAGUGAACUAGCAGAGAUGUUUGAUAAGGUGUUAGUGUGUACUGGGGAAGAAUGUGGACGUCCUCCAUGUAUCCAAAAUGACGCCUCACAGGGUCGACCAAGCAAAACAUUGCAUCAGAAUGAGCAAACAAAUGGAUCUAAUUCUAAUGGUGGCAGCAAGAGUCGGGCUAAGAGACAAGGAAAUACAAAGGAAGUAGUUGAUUUGAGGACCCUUCUCAUUCUUUGUGCACAAGCUGUGUCUGCUGAUGACUGCAGGACUGCUAAUGAGCUACUAAAGCAGAUCAGGCAGCAUUCUUCACCUUUUGGUAAUGGGACUCAAAGAUUAGCUAAUUGCUUUGCCAAUGGCCUUGAAGCACGUUUGGCUGGCACUGGAACUCAGAUCUAUACUGCUCUGUCUUCUGAAAAGGCUUCAGCUGCAGAUAUGUUGAAAGCUUACCACGCCUACAUUUCUGCCUGUCCGUUUAAGAAGAUUGCAAUCAUCUUUGCAAACCUUAGUAUUUUAUCUGCUGCUAAGGAAGUAACAACACUUCAUAUAAUAGACUUUGGUAUAUUAUAUGGUUUCCAGUGGCCUGGUCUUAUUUAUCACCUCUCAAAAAGAGCUGGUGGGCCUCCAAAGCUGCGUAUUACAGGGAUAGAGCUUCCGCAAAGUGGUUUCCGCCCUGCAGAGAGUGUCCAAGAGACUGGCCGCCGCUUGGCAAAAUACUGUGAGCUCCAUAAUGUUCCAUUCGAAUACAAUGCCAUAGCAAAGAAAUGGGAGACUGUUCAAGUUGAUGACCUUAAGAUUAGUAGUGACGAAUUUGUUGCUGUGAAUUGUCUUUUCCGAUUUAGGAACCUACUUGAUGAGACAGUUGUGGUUAACAGUCCCAGGAAUACUGUUCUAAACUUAAUCAGUAAGAUAAAUCCUGAUAUAUUUGUCCAUGCCAUUGUAAAUGGGUCCUAUAGUGCCCCCUUUUUUGUCACAAGGUUCCGGGAGGCUCUUUUCCACUUCUCUGCAUUGCUUGAUAUGUUUGAUGUUAAUAUGUCCCGUGAAGACCAAAUGAGGUUGAAGUUUGAGAAAGAGUUCUAUGGUCGGGAAGCUUUGAAUGUCAUAGCAUGUGAGGGCUCAGAAAGAGUCGAGAGACCAGAGACAUACAAGCAAUGGCAUGUUCGAAAUAUGAGAGCUGGGUUGAAACAACUUCCCUUGAAUCCUCAAGUACUGAACAAAUUGAAGUGUAAGGUGAAGACAGGAUACCAUGAAGAUUUUGUUGUAGAUCAAGAUGGGCAAUGGCUGCUGCAGGGAUGGAAGGGACGGAUUCUUUAUGCAUCAUCUGCAUGGAUUCCUGCAUAGGAACAUCAUAGUUUGUUUCUUAGGGCACACUCCCAGCACUAGGCAGGCGGCAGUAUUUUCGUAGUUUAAGCUGCCUAAGAUGAAGGAGAGAGCCAGAGGUGGACCUGGUAUCUCUAUUUGAUUGUACUAAUAGAACUUUGAAUAUUAUUAGCUUAUAACUCAGCAGAUGACAUGUUACAUAAUUAGGCAAAGCCCUUUGCUCAUGGAUGUGAUUGUGAUGUUGUCAAUAUAAUUUUUUCUUUGUUCUUUUGUGAA